ACUCCGGCUAGCGGCUACCCCGGCGUCAUCGACGAUCUGAUCUUCAGCGGGGCCGGAUCCGGUUGCCGCGGAGAUGACGAAGACGAGUGUACGCCACCGUUCGAGACAGGCAGCGGAGACGACAUCAUCACACCGGUGUACGUUCCACCGACGAAGCAAACGACGGCGGCAGCGGGCGCCACUGGAGGCGGAAGCGGAGCCGGCAAAGGUAACCGAAGGAAAGACGAAGGUAAACUGUGCGAUGACGAGGACUGUAUACAUGGAUCCGGAUCCGGUGAAGUGACGGAGGUGUUCACCGCUUCGACUGCUAAGAGUUCAGAAACGAGUCCGGACGUUACGUACACCACAGUUGACUUCGACAAGAAAACCGAUGGUACAACUACGCUGACGACUCAAGGUCGGUCGGAAACGUACGCCCCAAGCGAAACGACACGGGAGAUGGAUAUGACGAGUAGUGGAACGACAAAUUACGGCACCAGUUCAGGAACCAGUGGAAGUAGCUACGGAACAACAGUAUCGAUUGGUACGACGGGUACAACAAGUGGCACGUCUAGUGGAACGAGCAGUCGAACGACGUACACUACGGGUACGACGUCGGGUUCAAGCACAUAUGGAUCGACAACGCAGCAGCAGACCCCGUCGGAAACUACUAUAAGCUAUCGAGACCGGGAUCGAGAUCAUAUCCGGGAGACGACGCAACCUCAGGCGCCCACAACAACAGAAGAUGACGAGGUCAUAGAAGAUAGAGGACCCGAUGAUGAAGAUGGUACAGAAAUGCAGCCACCCAACAAAGGUCAACGAAAGCCUCCGCCAGUGAAAGUGUCGGAGCCACCGAAUCCGGAACCAGAGCCACCUUAUAAUGCGCAUCCACCGGCAUUCCCACCAACAAGGGUUCCGAAGCAUAAAGGUGGUCGAAUCAAUUCAGAAGCCGAAGAGCGAACUGCCAUGAUUAUUGGUAUCGUAGCGGGUGCGUUGAUCGCCGUCAUAUUGGUUAUCCUGCUAGUGCUGUGGAUCAAAUCUAAUGGAGAUCGCUCUUACAAGACAGAGCACGAUAAGAGCGGUCUUUACGGCACGGGUCCAAGUGCAGCGUUGUUGGGCGGAUCGCACACCAAUACACACAAUGCUCACUACAAUACGCAUCAACAACAGCCGCACCAUCAGCAACCUCCACAUUACAAUGGCAGUAGUGGCGGAGGAGGUGGAGGAGGCGGAGGUGGCGGUGGAAUGGGACAUCACGGAAACGGCGGUAACGUGCCAUUGAAUGGGUCUUUACGGCACCAUCACAAUGGCGGAAACGGCAUGGGAGGAAGCGGGGCCAUGGGAAUAGGCAGCGGUGGCAGUGCUGCCAGUAUGGGAUACAACGGCAGUGAUCGAGGCAGUAUGCAAUCGGGAGGAAUGGGUCCACCGCAGAAACCGAAAAAUCGCAACUCCAAGGACAUCAAAGAGUGGUAUGUUUAAAUCCGCUCUCGGACGCUCUCUCACAAAUACACAUACGAAUGAACGCACUCACACGCGCAUCAGAGACGUUAUAUUUAUAAAACCUUGUUUCCGCUGUUACUGGAAAUGGAUAACACAGGCGACUCACACACUCACAAGCGCGAAGUCACCCACGGCAGACUCAUUAAUACCUAUCAUUGAUUAAUUAUAGUCGAU